AUGGGAGAUCCUUACGCAUCUAGUGAUUAUACCGGUGGAGGAUAUCCUGCUCAGUACUCAAUGCCCCCACCAACAAUAAGUUCAGGUGAUAGCAGUUAUAACCCUGGACAACAGCAACAAGGAAGUUAUAAUCCAAGUGGUUAUACAGGCCAAAAUUCAGGUCCUGCUUGGAACCAACAAAGUACAGGAAGUUCUAGUGGCGGAAGUUAUGGGGGUAAUCAGCAGGACAGCAAUUACAGCCCCAGUUAUGGGUCAUCUAAUUAUGGAGUUGGGAGCUAUGAUCGCAAUAAUGGUAAUAAUUAUAAUGUAAGUGGAAGUGAACGAGGGGGAAACAGCUAUGGAAACAAUGAUCGUGGAAGUAGUUAUGGAGGAAAUGACCGAGGCAGCAGCAACUAUGGAGGGAAUGAUCGCAGUGGCGGUGGAUCCAACUAUGGGGGAGACAGAGGUGGAAGUGGCUACUCUGGUGGUGACCGAGGAGGAUAUGGAGGAGGUGAUCGAUCAAGCUACAAUAGAGAUGGGGGGAAUAGAGAUGGUGGAUAUGGUGGCGGCGGCAGGGGGGGUGGUUAUAAUAAAGGCGGCGGGGGUGGUGGUGGCUUCAGCGGAGAUCGGGGUGGAGGUGACAUGAUAACUCAAGAGGACACAGUAUUUAUUCAGGGCAUGAAUCCAUCAACUACAGAGGAGGAGUUGUGUCAACACUUUGGAGCUAUAGGCAUUAUCAAGACUGAUAAGAAAACUCAAAGACCAAAAGUGUGGAUGUAUAAAGACAAAGCUACCGGUCAACCCAAGGGCGAAGCUACAGUGACAUACGAAGAUUCUAACGCCGCCUCGUCAGCCAUUCAGUGGUUUGAUGGAAAGGAUUUUAAUGGCGCUACUAUCAAAGUAUCUUUAGCUCAAAGACAAAACACUUGGGGUGGUAAUAAGGGAGGAGGAGGCGGCGGCGGAGGGUUCCGUGGAGGUCGAGGAGGUGGCGGUGGAGGAGGCGGCGGCGGUGGUGGUGGCGGUGGCGGCAGCCUCGGCGGCGGCGGUGGUGGUGGCGGCAGAGGCGGUGGCCCGCCCUCCGGAAACCGCGCCGGCGACUGGCGGUGCCCCAAUCCCAGCUGCGGCAACACCAACUUCUCAUGGCGCAAAGCUUGCAACAGAUGCAAUGAGGAGAAACCAGGCGGUGGCGGUAACGGCGGAAGCGGCGGUGGUGGCGGUCCCCCGCAAGGCGGCCGCGGUGGUGGCGGCGGUGGCGGCCCGCCCGGGCGCGGGGGACGCGGUGGGGGCCGGGGUGGUGGUGGUGGCGGCCGGGGCGGCGGCGGUGGCGGCUGGGGCGGUGGCCGGCCCGACCGCAGCGGUGACCGCGGCGGCGACCGCCGGGGCUCCGGUGGUGGCGGAGACCGGCCCGGCGGUGGCGCCAUUAGAAGCGAUGGAGGGGGCCGAGAUCGUCAAAGACCUUAU